CUUCCUCUUCCUCAUUUUUUUUCUCUCUCUUUCUCUUUCUCUUUCACUUUCUCUCUGAUCCCAAAAGAUAAAAAUUCCAACUUUGAUAUGCAAGUAUCAGCAGAACUUCAACGCCACCAUCACCACAAGCAGCAAAGGCACCAAGACACCCAGAUGUGUAGGAAGAUCCAACUCAGUAUCUCCUCUCAUCCCACCUCCGCCGCCGACGGUGGUUGUGACAAGGUGGACGGCGAGGAUCUCUUCAUCCCACCCCUCAAUUUCGCCAUGGUUGAUAAUGGCAUUUUUCGCUCUGGCUUCCCUGAACCCGCUAACUUCUCCUUCCUCCAAACCCUUGGCCUCCGCUCCAUCAUUUAUUUGUGCCCUGAGCCAUAUCCGGAGGCCAACAUGGAGUUCCUCAAGUCAAAUGGGAUCAGCCUUUAUCAGUUUGGGAUUGAGGGUCAUAAGGAGCCUUUUGUAAACAUCCCAGAGGACACAAUCCGUGAAGCACUAAAAGUUCUCCUAGAUGUCAGGAACCACCCAGUUAUAAUUCACUGUAAGCGGGGAAAGCACCGAACAGGUUGUUUGGUAGGAUGCUAUAGAAAAUUGCAAAAAUGGUGCUUGUCAUCUGUCUUUGAUGAGUACCAGCGCUUUGCAGCUGCUAAAGCAAGAGUUUCAGAUCAGAGGUUUGUAGAGUUGUUUGAUAUUUCCAGCAUGAAGCAUUUGCCCUUACCAUUUUCAUGUUUGAAGAGGUAACAGACCAAUUUAUGCUAAGUUGGGUUCCCUUUCUUUAGCUUAAAGUGAAUCCAAGAUUCUUCAUUGGAAUAAAUAGGAAAAGGUGAUGAACUCCUUCCAUGCAUUGCAGCGGCAAAGGAAUAAUUCUUCUUCUUCUUCCAUUUUUUAGAAAUAAAAUAAGAAAACUUCAGAAAAAGUCGAGCAUUGCCAGUAUAUGUAUGAGUUAAAAUUCUUCCCAAUUCCCCCUCCCUCCCUCCCUUCUUGGCCCUUAGUGUGCCUCACCUUUUGUUCUAUUUUUUCUCUCUUGGUUUUGGGUAUUCUUUGCUGCUCUCCAUUCAUCAGCAAUGAGUGUAGAUAUCUCUUGAUUUUUUCUCGAGGCUCAGAGAAAUUCAAGAAAGCUAGACAAGCCUUGUUUAUCUACCCAAAAAUCUUGAUGUGUAGUCCAUCAGAGAAACUUAUAAAUUUUAUUUC